CGCCAUUACGCCAACGGUGUUGAACGACCGUAGAGCGCCAUUACGCCAACGGUGUUGAACAACCACCAAUAUCGCAUUCAAUCGUAUUAUUGUGUAGAGUAUCAAUCUCGCAGUCGAUUCGAUUGAUUCCAAGAAAACAUAAUAUGUUCAUAAUAACAAACUUAAAAGGAUACUAGCUCACCAGAGUUACCUCCUCCUCUGAAACCCACCCUCACCAUACCGCUACGUGUACUCCCUCUAACCUCUAGCUAGCUAGUAGACGCUACCCAUCCCAUCCCUGCAACGCUACUUUACAGUAUUUUCACUAUAGGGUUAGCGAUAUUGGCCUCAAAGCAUUGCUUAUCGUAGCUUUCUCAAGCCGGUACAAUCGAUCAUGACUCCCACCCAGAUGAUAUCUUGCGUGCUGCAUGGCAUGCUUCUGCUGCUCCCAGCUACAUCCUUCAGCAUCUCUCAGCACAGAAACAGGCACCCCCACACGGCGUUCCUUUUUGAUAGCAAGAACACGAAAGCCACUUCUCCUAGCAGCCUCGGCGUUACCGCCACUUCCAUAGAUGAUGGUACCGGCACCCUCGUACACGACUUGCAAGCCGAGUUGAACGGCGAGGAUCUUGGGCUAUGUCACGGUAUUCUACAUGCCUCGGGUGUGCGCCGUUUGGGCGACCUCAAAGGCUUAACUGAUGAAGACAUCCGUAACAUGGGAGCUGAUUCAUUCGACCGUCGCAAUAUACAGCGCGUAAUGAAGGAUCUCAAUGGCCAGUUCGGUACACAGAGUGCCGAUGGCGACAUUGGUACCCAAGAAGAUCCACAAGCCCACCCAGCAAAUAAGCUUUUAACGACUUCUGUAGACGGCGCCUUCGACAACAAUAACAAGAUUCUUCAACGGUUUGAGGCGGUGCGGGAGCAAGAGUUUUGCAUUGAGCCUAUUUGCCUGGAACACGACGUCUUCAAAGGUCGGCUCUUCACAGUGGAUCAAUGCGAGCAAAUCAACCGCAUGGCAGAAUAUCACGCUUACAGCAAACUUGGAGUCAUUGGUGGCGGUUGGACGAAUGAGAUGUACACUCUUACUGCACAACAUAUUCAAUGCAAAGAAAUCAUUGGCAUGAUCCCAACAACCAAGAACGUUUUCAGGCAACUCUUUCGAGAAUUGUACGAAUUGUUCCCCAAUAGAAUCCGUCGUGGCUCCAUUGUGUUUGAAAGUGACGGAGAGCCCCAUCUUGUCAAGUACAAUGGUAGAGUCAAGGGAACGGCACCCCACACGGACAAUUCUGAGUUCGUCUAUAUUACUGUCAAUGUGGUGCUAUCGGCAGAAGACGAAUAUACAGGUGGAGGUACCUACAUAACCGAAUUGGACCAAACCAUUCGAUUGGAGCAAGGAGAAAUGCUAAUUCAUCUGGGGGACCUGGAACACUCUGGUGCUGAAAUCACGUCUGGAGUGCGACGCAUUCUAAUUGCCUUUCUGGCUUGCGAGUGGGAGGACGAAGCUUUGAACGAGGAGAAGGUCGAAUUUUCAAGAGAAAAUAUGUGAGUCGAAUCCAUGGCAACUUUAGGCAGGUAACAACCGCCCGGAAUUGGAAGCAAAGAUUAUCUUAGGACUGUCCGGGAUAAACAGGUCUACAGCAAUGUCAGGAUUGCGCACUUGUAUCACAGACCAAUCAAGGAAAGAGAAGGAAAGGAUCCCAAGGAAAGGAGGCCAGGGAAAGCAGAAUGGGCAGAGGACGAAGACUAGCGAUAAAGAUCUACUGUAGCUAGAGGGCCUUGAUCAUCCCAGAGCUCAUGCAUCCUUAGUGCCAGGAACACCAGAACCACGCCGCAGACACGAGAGAGAGUGUGCGAGGUCAAGCAUGCACGCUGGCAUGGCACCGGCUUCUUGGCAUGGAUCUUUGGAUCUAUCUUUUGUGAAAGAUACCGGUACAAGUACCGUAACGGU